AUGAGCAAACCAAUUAGACCAACUAGCCCUACAACAUUAUUUAUACAGUUAAGUAAAGUGCUGAUUAUAUUAAUAAUUCAGAGUUUGAUUUACAACAAUUAAAUAGAUAAGGCUAUGAAAGAGAUUAAUAAAGCAUUAAAGAUUGAUCCAAAAUAUGAAGAUGCCUAACAAAUGAGAAGUUUAAUUUAUAUAAAUAUGCUUAGGAUUAAUAUAAUUUAAAAAAAUGAUAAACACAAUUGCCUACAAAUUCAUAUUUAAAUAGAGGUUUUAGAUAUUUUUAUAACAUGUAUCUCUUUUUAUAGGAAUAUGGAAUAGAUUGAUAAAGCUCUCUAAGAUUGUAAUUCUAUGAAAAAGAUAAACAAGAAUGAUGAAAAGCUUAUUUUCAUCGUGGUAUCACAUUUAUAAUUAAUAAUAAUAUGGAUUUUUUUAGGAUCAAAUGGAUUUGAUAGACCAAGCACUAUUAGAUUAUUAUACAAUAAUUGAUAUAAAUCCAGAAGAUUCAAGAGCUUAUCUAAAUAGAGGUAAUUGAUACUUUUUAAAAUAUAGGUCUAUUAAGUUGGAGAAUGAAUGAAAAGGAAAAAUCUUUAAGGGAUUGCUUAUCAGCUUUAGAAUAAUGCCCAAAUAAUUCACUUUAUCUUAAAUAGGAGAUAUAUGUUAUAAUAUGA